CAGAGAUUCCUGGGUUCCUGCUCUGAUGCACCAGCGGAAGACGAGGAGGAUCCUGGAGGCCGGAGGGGCGCAGAGGAAGAGGGAGGAGCUGAAGGAAGCAGAAAAAAGGGAAGGGCAGCGCUAGGGAGAGGACUUUCCCUUCUGAUCUGUUUUCAGUUUGGCGGAUGGAGGCUGCUGCUGCUGGUGGUCGCGUUUUCUCCUGCUAGAAAAUGGUGAAUACGUGAGGAGAAAGGCUCUUGGCCUGCUUCGCUGCUGCGGGAGUGCCUUUUCUUCCUCUCCCUUUCCCAGUUCCUGCGUCUUUGUUUUUGGCUCCCCAGCUGCCUAUGCAUGCACAUCUUGUACAUGUAUCUGAGCAGGGAUUUUCUUUCGGCAGCACUGCUCUGUACAGGAGGAAGGGCUCGGCUGCAGCAGUAGCAUUAACAGCAGCAUCAGCGGCGCCAGCAGCUCCAUACUUCUCUCUCCCUUCCCUUCGUCUCCAUCUCCCUUUCCCUUCCAUCCCCUUCCCCCACCUUCCCGCAGCUUUUCAGAGAUUGCAUUUUCUCUUCUACGAUACUUAGUGGCUUUCCCUCUUCCCCCUCCCCCGCCCCCUUCGUCGGAGAAGGCACACACGCACAAAAACGCAGAGAAACAAGAGGAAGAAAAGUACCGCGACCUUCUCCCUCUGCUGCAAACCCAGAGAGCAAGCAGAGACGGGAUUUGGCUUCUACCCCAAGGUAAAGCCCUGCCUCUUUUACUUACUGGCCACAUCCGCCGAGAAAGAGGAGCAAAAAGAGAGGAUCUAAAGUGGAGAAAAGCAGCUAUUCUACGUCUGGCGUUUGGAACACAGGGAGCCAGGAAGUGAAAGAUGGUUGUGGUUGUUCGCACUGGCUGCAGGGCAGCUGUCUUCCUAUGGAUUUUCAGCAGCAUCAGUUGCAGAGCCAGGAUAUCUCUCCCUGCUCAAAAGUGUGAUGAACCCCUGGUCUCAGCAUUACCCCACUCCUCUUUCAGCAGUUCAUCAUCAAUGACAAGCAGCUAUGUGCCUGGGUAUGCCAAGUUAAACAAGAGAGGAGGUGCAGGAGGCUGGUCUCCAUCAGACAGUAAUCAUUAUCAGUGGCUGCAGGUGGAUUUUGGUAAUAGGAAGCAGAUCAGUGCUAUCGCAACUCAAGGCAGGUAUAGCAGUUCUGACUGGGUUACCCAGUACCGGAUGCUCUGUAGUGAUACAGGGAGAAACUGGAAGCCUUACCAUCAGGAUGGAAAUAUCUGGGCAUUUCCUGGAAAUACAAACUCUGAUAGUGUGGUCCGACAUGAUUUGCAACACCCAGUUAUUGCUCGCUAUAUACGUAUAGUUCCUUUAGACUGGAAUGGAGAGGGCCAAAUUGGGUUAAGAAUUGAGGUCUACGGCUGUUCCUACUGGGCUGAUGUUAUCAAUUUUGAUGGCCACGUAGUGUUACCAUACAGAUUCAGGAACAAGAAAAUGAAAACACUGAAAGAUGUCAUCUCUCUGAAAUUUAAGACUUCUGAAAGUGAAGGUGUAAUCUUCCAUGGAGAAGGACAACAAGGAGACUAUAUCACCUUGGAACUCAAGAAAGCCAAACUUUUUCUAAAUUUAAAUUUAGGUAGCAACCAGUUUGGCUCUAUUUAUGGCCACACAUCUGUGAUGACUGGCAGUCUCUUAGAUGAUCACCAUUGGCACUCUGUUGUCAUAGAACGCCAUGGAAGAAACAUCAAUCUCACCCUGGAUAGACGUGUUCAGCAUUUCAGAACCAAUGGAGAAUUUGAUUAUCUGGACCUGGAUUAUGAGAUAACCUUUGGAGGCAUGCCUUUUUCUGGGAAGCCAAGCUCUAGCAGUAGGAAAAAUUUCAAAGGCUGUAUGGAGAGCAUCAACUACAAUGGCAAUAAUAUCACUGACCUUGCUAAAAGGAAGAAAUUGGAACCUUCAAAUAUGGGAAAUUUAAGUUUUUCUUGUGUGGAGCCACAUACAGUACCUGUCUUUUUCAAUGCCACCAGUUACCUUGAAGUUCCUGGACGCCCAAGCCAGGAUGUGUUUUCAGUCAGUUUCCUUUUCCGAACCUGGAACCCCCAUGGACUUCUUGUCUUCAGCAACUUCGCAGAUGGUCUGGGGAAUGUUGAGGUUGACAUUAAUGAAGGCAAGGUCAGCAUUCAUAUAAAUGUCACCCAAGCCAAGAAGAAUCAAAUAGAUAUCUCAUCAGGCUCCGGUCUCAAUGAUGGGCAGUGGCAUGAAGUUCGAUUCCUAGCUAAAGAAAAUUUUGCAGUUCUCACCAUUGACAGAGAUGAAGCUUCAGCUGUUCGAACAAACAGCCCUCUGCAAGUUAGAACUGGAGAGAAAUAUUUAUUUGGAGGGUUUCCUCUACAGAUGAAUGACUCAGAUCACUCACCAUUUCACCAUUCGUUUCAAGGGUGUAUGCAGUUUAUUCAUGUGGAUGAUCAGCUGGUGGAUUUGCAAGCAGUAGAGCAAGGCCAACUGGGAAGCUUUGCCAAUGUCAGCAUUGAUAUGUGUGCCAUUAUUGACAGGUGUGUGCCCAAUCACUGUGAACAUGAUGGCAAAUGCACCCAGACGUGGGAUAGCUUCAAGUGCACUUGUGAUGGAACUGGGUACAGUGGGACAACUUGUCAUAACUCUAUUUAUGAGCAAUCUUGUGAAGCAUACAAACACUUAGGCAAAACUUCAAAUUACUACUGGAUAGAUCCAGAUGGCAGUGGAGCACUGGGACCUUUGAAAGUUUACUGCAACAUGACAGAGGACAAAGUAUGGACAACUGUGUACCAUGAUCUGCAAAUGCAAACAUCUGUUGGAGGCAACAGUGUAGAAAAAGUAUCUGUACUGCAGCUAAACUACAGUGCAACAAUGGACCAGAUUUCUGCUAUUACCAGUAGUGCUGAAUACUGUGAGCAGUUUAUCUCAUAUUCUUGCAAGAUGUCCCGGCUGCUGAAUACACCAGAAGGAAAUCCAUAUACCUGGUGGGUUGGAAAAGCCAAUGAGAAGCAUUACUACUGGGGUGGAUCAGGACCUGGUAUUCAGAAAUGUGCCUGUGGAAUUGAACGCAACUGUACUGAUCCCAAAUACUACUGCAACUGUGAUGCUGAUUAUAAACAAUGGAAAAAAGACAUGGGGAUGCUGUCAUACAAAGAGCACCUACCAGUGAGUCAAGUAGUGGUUGGAGACAUUGACCGACCUGGGUCUGAAGCAAAGAUAUCUGUGGGUCCUGUGCAUUGUCAAGGAGAUCGGAACUACUGGAAUGCAGCUUCCUUCAUCACAUCAUCAUCCUACCUUCACUUCUCCACCUUCCAAGGGGAGACCAGUGCAGACAUCUCUUUCUAUUUCAAAACAUCAGCCUCAGAUGGAGUAUUUCUUGAGAAUCUGGGGAACACUGACUUCAUCAAACUAGAGCUGAAAUCUGCUACAGAGGUUUCCUUUUCAUUUGAUGUUGGAAAUGGACCUGUGGAAAUAAUCGUCCGAUCUCCCAGUCAGCUGAAUGAUGACCAGUGGCAUCGGGUCAGCGCAGAGAGAAACGUCAAACAGGCCAGCCUGCAGGUAGAUCAGUUGCCUCCAGAAGUUCAGAAAGCACCAACAGAAGGACACACACGACUGGAAUUGUACAGCCAGCUCUAUGUUGGUGCCGCAGGAGGCCAGCAAGGCUUCCUAGGUUGCAUUCGCUCACUAAGGAUGAAUGGGAUAACACUGGACUUGGAAGAGAGAGCAAAGGUCACUCUAGGGGUGAAGCCUGGCUGCUCUGGCCACUGCACAAGCUAUGGGAUGUACUGUGCCAAUGGUGGCAAGUGUGUUGAGAAGUACAAUGGCUACUCCUGUGACUGUUCCCAAACAGCAUAUGAUGGACCAUUUUGCAUUAAAGAUGUUGGAGCAUUUUUUGAAGAAGGAAUGUGGCUUCGUUACAACUUCCAUUCCCCAGGGACUAGCACGAAGGACUUAGUUAGCCGAACACUGUUGAGCUCUACAGAUUCUGAGAUUACAGUGAGCAGCCAUAACUUGAAUAAAGAAGAACUCAGCUUCAGCUUCAGUACCACCAAGUCCCCUUGUGUCCUUUUGUAUAUUAGUUCCUAUACCCAGGACUUCAUGGCAGUGCUUGUCAAGCCAUCUGGGAAUCUGCAAAUUCGGUAUAACCUAGGAGGUACCAAGGAGCCAUAUAACAUUGAUGUUGACCACAGAAACAUGGCAAAUGGACAGCCCCAUACCGUUAACAUCACACGGAAUGAACGGGACAUAAUACUCCAGAUUGAUCACUAUCCUCCAGCAGCUUAUAGCCUGCCAGCAGCAUCUGACAUUCAGUUCAAUUCCCCAAAGGCACUCUUCUUAGGAAAAGUCAUAGAAAUUGGGAAGAUCGACCAAGAUAUAUAUAAAUACAACACACCGGGAUUUACUGGUUGCCUAUCAAGAGUACAGUUCAACCAGAUUGCUCCCCUCAAAGCAGCUUUGAGAUCUACCAAUACCUCCUCUCACGUCCACAUUCAAGGAGAACUGGUGGAAUCCAACUGUGGAGCAUCGCCACUGACAAUCCCACCAAUGUCUGCUGCAACUGACCCAUGGCACUUAGAUUCAGCCAAUGCUGAUUUCCCGUACAAUGGUCAAGCUAUAGGAGAUGGAGUUAACAGAAACUCUGCUAUUAUAGGAGGUGUCAUUGCUGUAGUGAUCUUCACCAUCCUCUGCACUUUGGUGUUCCUGAUCCGCUACAUGUUUCGCCACAAGGGAACCUACCAUACCAAUGAGGCCAAAGGAGCAGAGUCAGCUGAAAGUGCCGAUGCUGCCAUAAUGAACAAUGACCCCAACUUUACAGAGACUAUUGACGAGAGCAAGAAGGAGUGGCUUAUCUAAGCCCAUAGAGAGGGAGCCUGGGAUGGAAUACAAGCUGGGCCAGGUCAGGACUGGAAUGACUCUUGCAGUGGGGAAAGAACAUUCUGCGUUGGACGCUUGAGCACACAUAAGAUCAGCACAACUAGAGGAGCAAGUGACAGGAAAAAUCACUGAGACUGGAGGAGAAAAAAUCACAAACAUUUAAGAAAAAUACUUUUAAACAUUUACUUACAGUGAAUUGCCCUUCUGUAUUCAAACCACUGUAACAAAGAACAGUUUCACAGCCUCAGCAUUGGUUAAAAUUUUCAAUAAUAGCUAUCUUUUUCUGUGUGUGUUUAGAGGUAUUCUAAAGAACAAGAAACAGGGCCUUUUUUUUUCUUAUUCUUUUUCUUUUUUCUUUUUUUUUUUUUUUUACACUUUUUUAAAAGCUGUUUAAAAUGGAAGUUGUUCUGUCCUGGAUAUAAGUGGCGGAACUUUGUUCUGAUGUGUUUUUUCAUAUCUGGCUACUUCUCCACAGGCUGCUAUCAGCCCCGCACCUUCACUGUAUCAUGCUUCAUUUUUGUGGUGUUUAAACAAGUGUUCAGAGCUGGAGGCAGAACUGAGAGUUGAGGAAGAAUGCUUAAUGCAGCUAAACCUUGCCAGAUUUUCAAAAUGUCAUCGGCUCUUGUAAAUCCUGGCAGGAUUCAUCUUUUUUUGAUGCAGAUACUUCAUUGAUUCUGUACGAUUAUCAUCAACAAUGUAAAAAUACUGUCAUUAUGACUUCUACUACUACUGCUACUACUUCUACCAGAGAGGAUGAUCAUAAAGCACACCAAAAUUAUUUUUUAUUAUUUUGUGAACUCUGAGGGAGGAUGGUGCUGUACAAGUCUGUAGACCUGUUCUUGUGUCUUUGGCUAGGGCACUGGUGACCCAAGGCACAUGCCAGUCUAUAUUCAGCUGAGUUUGUGAUGUGCCAGUGUGUAUAUCCUGGACUUAGGCAUAUGCACUGUAGUAGGAAAUUAUAGCCAAACUUCAUUUGCUUCUGUUUCUUUUUUAUAGGCUGUCACAGAAAUAUUAACUAAUACAGUUCUAGUCAAUGUAUUUAAACUAAUGGACUUCACAUGAUACUUUUUACAGCUUUGGCAUAACAAUUCAUACUUUAAAUCAAUUUAUUUUUAUUAAUUGCCUUCCGAAGAAAGCCUCUGCUGACGGCAUUUGCACAGGCAGAAAAUGAAGCAACAGAAUUGAAAGUGCUGCCUCAAGAGCAAGUGAAAAACACACGGUGCUAGAAUAGACAUGCAGAUUUAAUAUGCAGGCUGACCUGAACUAUUACUUAUUUAAGGCAUUUUUAAGAAUAUCAAGGAGAGUUCCAAGUGCAUCAUUUUAGCCCAUGUCCCCUCUUAGACAGGGAAGUUGCAUAUCCCACUUGAGAAGCAGUCCAGAAGUUGUAGAAAGGCAAGGAGGCUGCCUGAAGGCCUUGUAUCCCUUGAUGGCAACAUAAAAGCUGUAGAUUGCUCUGUGCAGAUACAUAGUUCUCCAGGUCUGUUUUCACAGAAAUUUAGGGCCUUAAUGAGCAAUUUUUGCAGUAGAAUGGAACAAGGGAGUGAAUGUAUUGCAAAACAUUUCCUGUAUGCUAAAAGAACAGAAGCAACGCCAAGAAUUUCCUUUUAAAAGUAUUUAUGCUUGUAACAGUCUCUGAUUUGCUUUAUCUUUUAAUAUUGCUGAGUUUAGUAUGCAAAGAUUUAAUCCAUUUUUCUUUAUAAGAAGGAUUUAUUUUUCAAAUUUAAAUCUGUAAUCUACUACACUGACUAGUGCUGGCAACUCUAAUUUCUUUAUAUUUUUGAUUGUACUUAUACUAUUAUAGAUAAUGCUUUAAAAUUUAAUUUAAAAGAAUCACAGAGAGGGAGUAAAAUAUUUUGAGUCUUACCUGACAAGAAGUUUGCAAGCAUAAUUUGACAGAUAGACAGGGAUAAAUAGUUUGAUUUAAGGCUGGUAGUAUAAAGUCAUCUGGUGGAUUCAUUGAACAUGUAUCAGACCAAAUCAAGCCAACCGAUUGAUUUCUUCCUGCUCGUGGAUUUGGAAUUAGCAUACAAAAAGUUUCAAAUAAGAUUUACUGUUACUCAGGUAAUAUUAUGUGGCAGAGGUAUUCAGGUAAACAUGAAAGCUACUUCUGUCAUUCUCGUGCUCUGCAGUCUUUUGCCUUGCCUUCAGUAUCAGCAUCUCCCUCUCUUGUGCUUAAUUAAAUAGAUGAGUCACUGAUCAUGUUUAUUUGUGGACAUAACAUAAAUCUCUGACCCUCUGGAGAAUAUCAGCCUGGGAUGACUCUAGCCUGCACCACAGGCUAUUCAACAAAAUACUUUGGUUGUUCCAUGUUGCAAUUUCAGAUGACUUUCUGUAAUUGAAAUGGUGUUCUCUUUUCUUCAUGAUAUUCUGUAUUUUAUUUUAAUUGUACUUUGGUCCACUCUGAAAAACAUCCUUGCCUACAGCUUCAAGUGAACACAGCAUCAUUUGCAUAGACUGGAAUGUAGUUUGCAGAAAAAAAUUACUAAUCUGAACUUAAUGUCUGUGACGGUGAUCAAACUCAUGUAUGAGUUUGAGAAUCUGGAGUCCUCUGAUGCUAGACAACAAAGUAGCCAAAUGCCUUAGCAUGGUACUAGAAGGGAAGGAUGGCUUGGUCUGUGUUCCUAACCAAGUCCUUGGCCAAGCUUGUUGAAUUAUGAUAAAGGUGUCUGUGGCAUCUGUUCACUGACUUUCCAAAAGAUUUCCAGUUUAUCUCUCAGAACCCUUCAAGCAAGAAUUUCUGGAAAACAACCUUCAACUACUGCAGUAGUUGUAAAUUCAUGUCUUAAAUUUGGAAAGACAGGAUUUAAAUUUCCUAAAUUAAGUUGCAUGCAUCUUCAUCUCUCACAAUGUUUCUCAUAAGUAAAGUUCAUUAAUGCUGUAUUAAAAUGUUGAUGGUGUAUUUUCCAGAUACAGUUCCUUUCAUAACUUUAGAAACUUUCUCAAUUAGUUUUUAGAAUCCUGCCUCUUAUAGUGGAUCUUAGUAUAAAAUUUCAUGUCUAUCAUCCAUUCUCUGUGUAAUCUUUUCAUGACUAUGUGAAUUCCUCGCUGUCUGUCUUGCAUUUAAUUUCUGAAAAUGUAAUAAGCUUAAUAAUAGGCACUGGCCUACUUUCUGAGCAGGCUCAGAAGUGUAGCUUGCAUAUUUUUGCUAGCACUGUACUACUUUGAGAAUUUCUUCCCCUGUAGGCUGAUUAUUGGCAACAAUAUCCAUUGUUUAUUUCACCCAUUUUUAUUUGUGCCAGUAUUGUUUGACAGGUGCUAUCCAAAUGCUUAUAAUGGGAAAAUCUGGUGGAGAGUAGAAUAAUGCUUUUAUAAGAACCUGUGUUUUGUGCUUUCCCCCGGGGAACACUAACCUAAGCAGUCACAUGCUUUUAGCUGCCUCACCUAUCUGAAAUGCAUAGGAAAAUGUUGCUUCUUGCACUUAUUGAGCCACCAAAGUGUCCCAGUUGUGUUUCUGAAAGGCUUGUUCCAGUUCCCUUGAAAUCAACGGCAAAACUGCCAACAGCUGUGGGAAGUGCAAGACUGGGCAGAAGACUAUCAAAGCUGCUAAUGCAGCUUUCGGGUCCUCAUUCACAACACACAGACCACAGGGAAAUGAGUCAUGGAGCUCCAGAGAGCCAAGAUGCUGAAAAACUAAUCAGCUCACCUUUGAGGGGAAUUCCACAGUCUAAACUGUUGGUUUUGAAUCAAGUCUUUCACAUAUUACUUAUUCCGUAUUUACUGAUUGAAGAUUCAAAAGUGUUGCAUAGGAAUAUGCAUCUUUAAUUGAUACUGGAACAAUUCUACAUUGUAUUUUUCUUAUCUUAAACCUUACCUUUACCUUUUAUAUUUACUGUUGAAGCUAACACUUCAAACAUAGUAUUUUAAUAUCGUGCUCUAGCUAGCAUGAUGGAUGUCAAAGGAUGGUUAUCAUAAAUAUUUUACUAAGAUUGACAGAGUGGUGGUGUAUAUGUAUAAGAUUAUUGUAGUGAUGAGAAUUUGUUCAAAAAGAGUCUAGUAAAUAAUUACAUUUUAAUUAAUACUAUGUCCUUUAAUUGCAGAUGCAUCUAAUUUCCAGGGUAUCUGUUGAAAUGGGAAGCUAUCUCAGUUUGAUAAGCAAUAGCUUUUAACAUGGUUGAACAAUGCCACCUACUAGCAAACAUGCUAACUCUGGAAGGUUAUCAUCUUUGAACAGGAGAACCUAUAUUUUGUUGAUCAGAUUUUAUUGCCUAUCGUAAUUAAACAAAUCUAAAAGCAGAAGCAUGUAAAUUAGAAUUAAAGAAGAAAAACAUGUAUGUACACCUAAUAUCUUAAUAUCUUCUGUGAAUGUCUUUCCUUUUAACUGAAGUUCAGUUAGUAAUCAGAUUGCUAAGUAAAUAAAAAGAAAAAAGAAAAGAAAAAAAAAUAAGAAAGCAAUUCUAAGUAGUUUUAAUUAACCUAAAAGCUUUUUCAUUGUUAUCAUUGGCUAAUUUUUUCCUUCUCUAGUACCAGAAAAUCAUUUUGAAAAAGGAUACAAGUUGGAGUGGCCUCUUAAAAAAGACUCAAAGUACAUGGAAAAAAAGAUAAAAUAAAGAAGGAUUUCACAGCACAGUUGGCAAUAAAGAGAGGGUACUGAAACCAGGGAUGAAUUAUUAAAAUAUGUUCAUAUUGAUUGUGUAUCAGACAGCCCUGACUGUGUGUCACAGUCAGAAUCCUGGGAAUCCUGAGGAGGGUAAAUCUUUAUCUGUUGAAGUGAGCUGUUUUGAAGUCAGCUGUGAACUGAACACAGUUUUGUUGGAAUCAAAAUGACCGAGCUUCUUCUGAUUCCUUUGAUAGCAGCAAGCAGUCUAGUGCCACUUCUGCUAAUGUUUGUUAUUGCCUAUUCACUGGUAUUGCCAGCUUCACAAGAGCUACAUACUAAAAAUGGCUGGGAGUGGUUUGCCUCCCUGUCCUACCGUAAGCGUCCUUUCCUUUAUGAAUGUGAGCCUUUUAUUGAAAUCAUUAAGAAAAAUAUGCAUCUAGUUCAACAGACUUGAUUUUUUUUUUUUUUUUCAUAAACUAUAUAAGGCUUUAUUUUUUUAUGUGCAACAUGUUAUAAAAGUGCUACAUGUAAUGCAUUUGAAUGACAAUAUUCUAGGCAAAGAUGCAGAGGGUGCAACAACCUCAAGAAUUAAAGAGGCUGGGACUAUCCUCACUUGUUUCUUUUUCUGCAGUGUGACUUGCCGUAACUACUCCACUCUACUACUACAAAGGCCUGCUUUGUGGGAUGUAUUAUUGUGGCAAGGUCCAGUUAUUCCUUGUGUCCAUGUUAUGACUGUUAGUUUGUACUGCUGUUGAAACCUCUAGAAGUGGAUAGAGUCACACAUUCUUAAGUAGCGUUUGUCAUCUGCAUAAGAAAGAAAGACCUAGAGGAAAAAGAAGGGAGCAAAGGUUUAAGCUUAAAGCCAUUCUGACACUUGUGCACUGUGACAGUGAGCAAAUUUGUUUCUUCUUGCUAUCACCAUGACAGUGAGGCCAAAACCGUAUCGGCCUGAAACAAGGCUGUUUUGGAUGGUCUACAGCUCUGGAGUAAUUGUUGCCCAUAUGCCAUUAAAAUAUGAUGAGUUUAAAAGUUAUAUGCUAAAUUUCUUCAAAUCCUUAAGCUUGCAGUACUAGCAGAAUCCUUCAUUCUUGAAAUUCAAUGCAAUUUUGGAGACAAACUCAGACUUUACAGUAUUUCAUAUGGUACUUUAAGUGACACCUGACUUGGACCUUGUUACCAAAAUGCAUUUAACAAUCUCUAACAUUUGUAAAUUAAACUCUGACUUUUUCACAUAGAAGCAGACUUCUUGAAGCACUGUGCUCAAAAUCCUGAUUAGGGCCUCCACUUAAGAACCAGGAAGAUAAGAGGCAGACAAGUUUUGUUUUUUUGGUUUUUUAAAUCAAUUUGUGUUAAAAAGGAGAGAAAAAAAAAAAAAAGAAAAAAAAAAGAAAAAAAAAGUUUCAGUAGAUUACUGCACAGGUAAUUGUUUCUUUUGACUACUUUUCAAUUUUCCAAACAUUAUAUAGAAAAAAGUUAAUUAAUUUUUCCACAUGGUAUAAUAAAACACAACGAGAACUGUUUCUGUGAAAAAGAAAUUCAGAUUAGGAUACUCUGCAAAUAUUCUUAAAUCAAGUAACAAACUUAGUUAUGUCCUUUCUGUGAUGCAGCAGCUUCUACUAAUGUGUAUAUAUGCUUCCACUGUUUUCUUGGGUUGUUGUUUUUAUUUGUGUGGUUUUGGAAGAAAUAUCUGGAUGUGAAACCCUUGAGUCAGCAAAAAAGCAAUAACUUUAGGUAACCGAAGUCAGACUGGAGCAGGCUAUACAGAGAAAAUUCCCAUCCAAACAGCUCUCUCAGAUUUAAUUUUGGCUUAGGCUAGCAACUGAGUGAGUCAAGUUUGUGUACUUUUUUAUCAAGCCAUGUGCAUGUAUGUAAGGUAAAUAAAGUUGGUUAGUAAAGACAAGGUAGUUAAACCCUUCACGCUAAUGCUCUUUACCUACAUCUUGCAGUUAAUGUGUUACUAGAACAAACUGGUCUUGGCACAGCCAAUAAACCAUUCACAAGUUGACCCAAAGCCCAUUACUCUGACAUUAAGAAAUCAUUGCUUCUGGUGUUUUCACUUAUUUGGGGUUCUAAAAGUCCCUCUCAAAAGUGGCAAUGAAUUAGCAUCCUUAAUUUUUAUUAGCACAGCUAAGAAAAAUGUCAUCACCUGUUCUUAAAGAAUCUUGUUUUCAUUGGACCAGCAUAUCAUGGGAGGAAAAACAAAACAAAAGAUAAAAACACCUGCUUCAUGCAUUUGCAGUUUCUGAGAUACUGCACUAAACUGCAUUGUAACUCCUACAUUGUACUGAAUCUGUUAAAAUCUCACCCAAUUAAGAUAUGGGAUCAAAGUCACUUCUGAAUAAAGAUUAUGGUAGCACUUGAUUCCCAUCAAGUUACUGAAGCACAGAGAGCGGGCUUUCCACAAAUCCUCACUCUUUAUCCCUCUCCUGUUCUGUUAAGGAGUAUCUUUUAUUCUGCUCUAACUCUUCAGUGGCUCAAGACCCAUCUGCAGGCUGCACAGGUGUGAUAUAAAUUAUCUUCAGUCCUAGUUACCUGUUCUGCUCAUUGAGCAGCCAAAGCCUGUGCAGUUCCUCUGACAGAAAACCGUGGUUUGGCAUGAUAUUCCUGAAAGGCUUCAGCUGCUUGGCAGUUUUGCUACCCCAUCUGACUAGUGCCAAUUAACACUACUGGCAAUUAUCUGUACUGACCUACAUGUGGAAUUUAGCCCUAACAGUGCUUAAUUUCAUGGGGAUUAAACAGAUUCUCGCCACUACGGAGUGCUUGGGAUGUGCUCAGUGUGAAGCUUCUUACUGAAAUAUAUAAAUACAGAUAUAGAAAUAAAUAGAUAUUUUUAUGGAGAUGUUUUAUAAGUGGCCUUUACUUUGUGCAUGGUAAUUAUUGCCAAGUUCUUAUUAUUUAGAAGCUACAGAAUGGCUGGUUCUGUAGCAAGUGGGUGCAGAUUUGGUUUUGAUUUUCAUUACUCAGCUAUUAUUUGCAUGGUUUGGUUUGGUUUUGGUCUCGGUAUCUUUUUUAUUCUCCAUGAUGGUUUUCUGGCAGGGACACAUUGAGCUCAAGAAGGAACUUUUCUUUAAGUCUUUGAGAGGCAGAUUGAAGCCAUCAGUGCCAUGUAACAUGACAGAAGCACCUGCUUUGCACAGCCCAUGUUGUUGAUCCAUCUGAGGACCUUAGCAUACAUUGUCUUUAAGCAGUCUAUUCAGCUUUUCACACUUUGUUGAGGCACUGCUAUUUCUCUAGCUUUGCUCAACAAGAUAGUAAGCUAAUAAUCACUGGCCUACAGAUAUAGCCUCUCAGGCAGCAAAGACAAGGACUUGAGUAAGGAUUCUGAAUUACAUUCAGAAACAUAACAGUAACAAAACAUUGCCAAAAUUGCUACUGAGACAGGCUACUUUACUUUCUCUUUUUUCUUACUCUUUUUUUUUUUUUCCCAGUAUCAUCAGUAUGCCAUGUGUACAAGCCUGUAACCUGAGCUCUUGUUUAGAGAUAGAAAUGUGACUGUGCUUUCCUAUCUCACCCCUACUGCUGUAAGGUGGUCUGUACCCAGGACAGGAUCAGGGUCAUCAUCUAUCAGGAAAGCUAAGCCAGCCUCCCAUACAUUCUGUCCAAAUCAGCAGGCUGAGAGUCGAUCCUAUGUUUGUGUGCUUACAAAGCUGGCCCAGGUUUCUGGUGGGUGAACCAAGAUGGUGUCUGUCUACAGUUAUUCUAGUCAACAGCUUUCUUUCUUGAGUACAACUUUUCCAUGGGAAGAGAACGCAUAAUCGGGAUAUGACAGUUACCCUAUUUAAACAAAAACAUGUAUAUUAAAACAAAUACUAAUCUGAAAGUAUACUGUAUCUGAGAUUCCUCUGUUAUAGACAUUUAGUCUACAGAUUUAUGGCUACAUUUGCUAUGUUAUGCUUGAAUAAACAUACAAUUCAUUGAAAUACACAAGAUUGAUAAAAAUAAUAUGAUCUCUUUAAAGAGAAUAAACUGUUUGUAAAUUUAUCAAGAGUAUAAUCUGUUAGGCCUUAUUUGAAGUAUGUACUGUGGUUUGGUAAAAAUACAUUAAAAGAGCCUUGCCAGAUGA